AUGUCGGAAUUGUCCAUUACCGAAUCCUCUAUCGGCGAUUUAAGAGGCAAAGUUGCUAUUGUCACUGGAGGUGCCAGUGGUAUUGGCCAAUGCAUCGUCGAACUGAUUGCCAAGCAUGGCGGAAUUGUUGCAUUUGGUGACCGAAACAAAACCGCCGGAGAGUCUCUAGAAAGAAGACUCCGGGGCGCGGGCUCAACCGUACGAUUCUUCCCCGUCGACGUAACGGAUUGGAAUGCUCAGAGUUUCUUAUUCUCUCAAACUCGUGAUGAAUAUGGCCAUAUCGAUCUCGUGUUCGCCAACGCCGGCGUCGGCGACAACAACGAUACCUUUACCGACACACUAGACAGCGAGGGCAAUCUUCAAGCGCCGGAUCUCUUAACCAUUCAUGUAAAUGUUAUCGGCGUCAUUUUCACCAGCAAACUCGCACUACAUUAUUUCAAAAAGAACCCAAUUCCCGGCGGCGGUCUUGUGAUGACAGCUUCCACCUCUUCCUACAACGAACGUCCGAACAUCCCUGUCUACUCCAUGGCCAAGCACGGCGUCAUCGGACUCAUGCGUGCCUUGAAACACAACGCUCCCAAGGAUAAUAUCAACGUUGGGGCCAUCGCCCCGGGGGGAACAGGAACGGGAAUGUUCACAUCAGUUGCUGCAGACGCUUUCCGUGCUCUCGGGAUCGGUCUGAACAGUGCAAUGUCGGUUGCUACGGCAGCAGUGUAUUUGGCGAACAACAAGGAAACCAACGGCAAGGGUAUUACGAUCAUCGGAGAAAGAUAUACGGAGGUAGAGGAUGCUAUAUCAGCUCAUCAAAAGUUAUGGUAUGGCGAGUACAACACAGAAAUGGCAAGGCGGGCUGCGGGAGUGAGGCUGGAUCAGCUUGCAAACAACAGUUGA